CUCUGAAAUUUUUUUCUAUUCAGAUAGGAGAAAGAGAAAAGAAAAAAUCACGCCAACUAAAAGAAAAAGAUAAGUCAUCAUCUCCAGAGAGGCCAACUAAAGAGCCAGAGAUAGUCUCCGGAUACAAACGUAGUUCCCAACCCCAGUCUGACAGAUCAUCUUCACCAAUGGCAAAUGCUAGUGACGAGGAACCAAGGAAGAUAGAAAAGAAAUUAAAAGAUGUUGAGAAAGAGCACAAAGAGAAGAAAAGAAAGGCUAAAAUGACUGAAAGCAGUGAUGCUCAAGACUCAGAUGCUGAAGUUACUAAGAAGAAGAAGAAGAAACAUAAAAAGCAUAAGAAGCAUAAAAAACACAAGAAGCACAAGAAGAAUAAAAAGGAAGAGGAGGCUUCCGCAUCAGAAGACGAAGUUGAACGUAAAUUACGAGAGCGAGCCCUGUUAUCUCUUUCAAAAGCUCAAGCUGCAGCAAGAGAUGGCGACACAGAUAAAGGGGGACACAGUUCAUCAUGAAAUAUGUAAUCAUUUCCAUUGCCAUACUUUCAUUUAACGAAGAAAAGAAAAAAUGAAUUUUAGAAACCACAUCUAAACUGUAAAACAAAAUUUGGAAACUUAAUGAACAUUUGUUUCUCUAGUUAUUUUGCUCUUUGAACUUUCUUUUCAGUAUUUUGCUUCCAUAAUUUUUAUUUAAGUUACUUUUUUUGUUUGUAAAAUUUAGUUGCAAUUAAUAAUUGUAUAUUUUAAGUUACAGUAAAGCAAAUCAUGCAUUUCUUAA